CAAACUAGUCCUUAAAGUUGCAUCUUUUAUCUCAGAUUCAGACCAACGUAUUCAAUAUUUAGAAAGUAUCGCAGAGAAGUUGAAGAAAGAGCCCGCAUCUCUUAUAUUGGUGGAACUAAAAAUUGCUGAAAUAAAGUUAAAAGAGCACCAAGAUUAUAGCGGCUGUAAGGAACUUUUGGAUAUCAAUAGAUCACGAGUGGAGGAUAACGCUGACAUUAUUUUGAGUAGCCAUGCAACCUUUUUCAAAAUUUCUGCGGAAUAUGAAAAGGCCAAAAAAAAUUACGAGAUGUUUUACCGUGAAGCACUUCGUUUUUUAGGGUGCACUGACGUCGAAAGUUUAGAUUUGAGCACUCAACAAAGUUUUGCUAUUGAUCUUUCGCUGGCGGCGCUGAUUGCUGAUAAUGUUUAUAAUUUUGGCGAACUGAUUAUUCAUCCGAUUUUUAAUUCAUUAAAAAAUUCUGCACAUUUUUGGCUUUAUAAACUCAUUUGUGCCUUCAAUGGCGGCGAUAUAAAAACUUUUGAGGAACUUCAACUUUACUGGAGAAAAGAGAACGAGCUAUUGAAUAAUAUUCAUCGCAUACGACGAAAAAUACAGCUAAUGACUUUAUUGCAUAUUGUGUUUGAGAAACCCACGCACGAGCGCUCUCUUUCUUUUGCUUAUAUUGCUGAACAGUGCUCCAUUCCUGUGAACGAAGUUGAGACACUUUGCAUGAAGGCCUUGUCCUUAAAUUUAUUGAAAGGAACCAUCGACGAAGUUUCCCAACUCGUAAGAGUCACUUGGCUCCAGCCACGUGUCCUUGAUCUUGGCCAAAUAGCGCUGGUUUCCGAACAAUUAAAAACGUGGUGCACUCGUUUAGAGGAUGCUAUUGUUUUUGCGAAUUCUUUUGGGUUUCGGGAUAGUGAGAAGAUUACGUCUUAA